CUCUUAAUCUCUCCGAAAACUACAUAUUAAAAAAUAAUAAUAAUAAUAACAAAACAAAAAGAAAGCUCAACAUAACUGCUGUCUCUCUUCCUUCUCUUUUGGUCGGAAAGUGAAGUAAAAGAGGACCAAUUUGUGUUAGACUAUGAAGAGAAAAAGAGGGCACAAGAAAGGCAGUAAACAGAAAGCCCCUGCUACAACAGCUCCAAGUGAGGCAGUUGUGAAUGUUGUUAGUGAGGAAGAUGAUUCUGGUCAAGAUGAAACUGAGUCUGGAAUGGAGGUUGGUACACCUUCGUCAACUGGGACUGAUCAGCCGUUAGUGAAUCUUGUAAACAUAAAAUCUGAUGGCCCUGCUGGUAAGGCCCUAGGAAAUUUGGUUGGGCGCGUUAAGGUUAAGCUCAAGACACCAAGAGCUUUAGAUUCUGAUGUGCCAUCACAUAGUGAUACUGAGAAGGGUAGCCCAAAAGUGGGUUUGGAGAGACAAGACAUGGUUACUAAGAAAGUGGAGGACAGUGGUAACUUGGCUGGGGAAAGGAAAAUGGCCUUUUCAGGCAUUGUGUAUAGGAAAUCUGGGAAAAUUAAGAUUAAGUCAUCAAUGAAGUUGGGUGAUUCAAGUGUUGACAAAGGUGGUGCUGCUGUUCUAGCACAGGGUGAGACAUCUUUGCUGAAGGAACAAAAGGUGACAAAUCAGGAUUCUCGGUAUAAUAAGCAAGAAUUAGGUUCUGCCAUGGCGGUGAUUAAAAAAGUGAUGAAAAUGGAAGCUGCUGCCCCCUUCAAUGAACCUGUGGAUCCUGAAGCUCUGGGGAUACCAGAUUACUUAGACAUCAUAGACACACCAAUGGACUUUGGAACAAUAUGCAGCAAUCUUGAAAAGGGUGACAAGUACAUGAAUUCUGAGGAUGUGUUUAAGGAUGUUCAAUAUAUCUGGGAUAACUGUUGCAAGUAUAACAACAAAGGUGAUGCCAUAAUGGACCUAAUGAAACGUGUGAAGAAGAAUUUCAUGAAGUAUUGGUCAGCAGCAAGUUUAUACAGUGAACAAUCAAGGGGAACAAAUGGUGCUGAAAACCUUGAAGUGGAGGAUGGUGCACAGGGAAAAGCACAGACAAAAGCUAGUCAGUCAAAGAUCAAAAAUAAAAAGCAUGGGUAUUUUGUGCUAACUUCUUUUCUUAAUGUUGGUUGUGUGGGAAAGGGAUUUUCAACUUUGUUCUCUACCAUAUUUCAUUUACUUAAAGCUGUAGCCAAAUCUUUAGAUACAAUGUGGAUGAUGGUAGUCAAAAGCAAAAGGAGGCGCCACAAAAGUGAUUGUUUAUGUGCAGUUUGUGUUCUGAAGCGACGCAAGAGAGAGCGUGAGGCAAAUGCUCGACUUGCAAAAGGCCAGAGUGGAGUCCAAGAGUUAAAGCAAGAGGAAUCUUCACCUGUAGAGAGCCCUGGUAAUGAGGACUCAUCAUUAAAUAAUGGUGAGUCAGCAGAUCUAGAUGAAGAUGCUGAGGUGGAAGACAAAAGAGAGAAGGUGAAAGCGGAGGCUAAUGAGCAGCAGUAUAGCCCUAUGGAAGAGAGUCAUGGGGAGGAAGAGGAAGAGGAUGAGAACGAAGACAAUGAGAUAAGAAUUCUAGGCAAAGAUGAAGGUGAAAGAAAACAGCUGUCACAGCUUGGCAGUAGUUUGGCAGAGGAACCUAGUAGACAAUCUCAGCCUGAAAUUGUAGACAAGUCUGCUGCAGUGGCACAAAGUGAGAAAGAAUCUACUUUAGUAAAGCAUGAGGAACAGAGUGAAAAGAGGCAUAAGGAAUCACAAGAGAGACAAGAUAAAGCUAAGAUGUUAAACAGCUUCUAUCAUGAAAAUCCUGUUCUUCUGAACUUGUGCGAAACUCUCUUUCCUAACAAUCAGAACUCUGUUUGGAGGGGUCCUCAUUCCAUAUUCCAACAUCAAGGGUCUUCUCAGACUAGUUCAAUUCAAGCAGCCAUUGAGACCUUCAUGAAAUAAACCUCCGUUUAAGAUGCCUGGCUGUGGAAUAUUAUUAGGUCCCUUGUCAAGAGGAUUUGACUUUUGGGGUAUAGCCUUUAGUAAUUUGUAUUUUUGAACCAAAGGUUGGUGAUUAACUUCUAGAAUGAUGCAUAUUUCUGUUCUUCUAUAGUUGUAAAGUAGCACAUGAGAAGCGCAGGAGAAACUGGUAGAACCUAUUAGAUGUAAGAUUUACCAUCCUUGGUCAAUUUGGUGCUAAUUCUCUCUCUUAAUGUUGAUAUUUAGUCUUAUUGAAUCAAGUGUUUUAUAGUCUAGACUGCACCAUUCUAAUCUAGUAGUUUGUUUUUUUUGGCAAAACUAUAGAACUUACCCCAGAUUUGCUAUUAAACCCCCAAAUUUUAA